CGGGCGCCGGGCGCGCGUCGCGGUCUGAGGCGGAGGGACGGGGCAAAGAUGGCGGCGCCCGUCCUGCUGCGGGUGUCGGUGCCGCGCUGGGAGCGGGUGGCGCGGUCCGCCGUGUGCGCCGCCGGCAUCCUGCUGUCCCUCUACGCCUGCCACCUGGAGCGCGAGAAGGGCCGCGACAGCCACUACCAGGCCCUGUGCGACCUCAGCGAGCGGGUGCGCUGCUCCGCCGCCAUCACCUCCAGAUGGGGUCGAGGAUUCGGUCUGUUGGGUUCCAUCUUUGGAAAGGACAGUGCAAUAAAUCAGUCAAACAGUGUUUUUGGACUCGUGUUUUAUAUACUACAAAUGCUACUUGGUAUGACAGCAAGUGCAGUAGCAGCUCUAAUCCUCAUGACAUCCUCCAUAGUGUCUGUAGUAGGGUCAUUGUACUUGGCAUACAUUCUGUACUUCGUGCUGAAGGAAUUUUGCAUUGUCUGCGUCAUCACAUAUUUGCUGAACUUCAUUCUCUUUAUCAUCAACUACAAACGACUAGUUUAUUUGAACGAGGCCUGGAAACGGCAACUCCAACCCAAACAGGAAUAACCCCUGUUUGAACUCUUGACUGACAGUCUGAAGACCCAACUUCCAUUAAGUUUAUUUUGCAGUAAUUUUUUAUUCUCCAUAUCAGACACUCUCCCCGAGAAUCAUAACUGAAUUUUUAAUUAUAAAUUUGAAGGGGCCCCCGAUAAUUUUUCUGUGCUAAUCUUCAGUUUAAAUGUGGUUGUGAAAGAAAGCUCUAAUACAAUCAAAGACAAGCUUUAACUUUACUUUGAAGGAGUUUUAGCCACAGCAAAACCUAGACUCUCUCUUCCCCCUCCACUUGUGAAGUGGGUAACACUUGCUAUGAAAUAUCCUGUAUAUAAAUUCAGGUAUAACAAGAUGUGAUCAUGACAUUAAAUAUUCUAGACUAGCAUCACCAUAUUUAAUGUUGCCAUGUUUACAGUAUGUGUAUUACUUUUUUGUUUUCGGUUUUUUUGGUUGGUUUUUUUUUUUUUAGCUGAUGGACUUAGAUUUGACUAGGACUUACACUGUAAAUAAAAUUAGAAACUAUUGGUUUCAUCCCUGGAGAACUCCCUGUACAAUGGGUUUUGUUAGGAGCUGUCAGAGGGUUCAGCUCACAGUCGACUGACACGAUGGAAGAAGUGACCUCUGAAGAGAACACGGAGUUGCUGCACUCACUGCUCGUGCUGUCCCAAGAAUGGUGCUUGGGGUUGGUUCCAUUUUUUUUUUUUUUUUCCUUCUGUCUUUCUUUUUGUCUCCAGUAUCGAAAAAUGGAAUUAAAGCUGAAACCUGAAGUGUGUUCAUUAAACCACAACCUCGUUAAUUCUGUACCGAGUGAAAAUAGCUCCGUGUGGUCGAUGGAAAGCUGCCACCAGGAUAUUCUGUGCAGGUUGGGGGUUGGUGUAUCCAAGUGUUCUUUGAAAGGACUCAGUUUCCAUGCAGAGCUGUUUCAUUUUUAAGCUGUGGUCAGCCAGCCAGUGUUACUAAUGUUUGAUGUUCUGUGAAUGCUGCAGUAUAGGAUUGCAAUUGCAGUGGAAGCCACUGACUGAGCGGGAUAACCAAGUCGUGCACUGAAAAAGCAGUUACUUAAUUGAUCUUCGUCAGGAUCCUUGGUUUGUGCUAUAUUGGGAAAUGAACUUUAGGCCUCACACACACACACAAGAUCCCUUGGAAGGGCAAGCUGUUUAAUGGGAUAAGUGAGUAAAUGUGCUCCUGAAAAUGAAAUGUGAUGUAGUGCUAUCAUUGCUCUUUCUAAUAACUAAUUGGGGAAAAAAAAAUAUUAAACUGCAGAUUUAAAGGAACAAAAUUGUACAUGUUGUUUCUGCACUCAGUAUUCUAAGGCUGAAUGUUAAAAGUGCCUUCUGUCUUACAAUCUUAAACCAAAUACUUUGCGUUGAACUUGGCAGGCAGAAGUGUCCUUGCUUUAAAAAUGAACAAACAAACAAACAAAAUUCCCAGCAAACUUGCUGGGGAUAGAGGAGUAUUAAGAGAUAUGUUUAGUUUUUAGACUGAGAAGUGGUAGCAGUAUUGUUUCAGUUUAAUUAAAAAAGGUUGAUGGCGAUUUGGAAAAGUAAAAUAUUUGUGUUUCAGAUCUGUGACACGAAAACGUGUAGGUUCAGUUACUUUCUGUAAUUGGUGCUGUGCUGCUUUUUGCCCUUGUCAGCUUCUAAAUAUGAAGAAUUCCAACUGCAUACCAGUUAUUUAAAGAAUUAAUUUAACUACUUUUGGGAUUUUUUUUCUCAAACAUGAAUGUCAGAGAGACACUUCUGUUGUAUGGAUAAGUGGAUUAUAAACACUAAGUUGCUGAGGAUAAACUUGACUGUGAAACAUGCAGCGUUUCCGUAGAGCAAAUAGAAUUUUUAGAUUGAAUCCACAAAAUAGUAUUUAAAUUACUACUGAAGUCAUUUUCUGGUUUGUAUCAAGGAUGUAGGUGGAAACUGCUUUUAUGUAUAGAGUUCUGUGGUAUGAGUAACAUCUGUUGCAUGUAACACUAAAUUACUUGUCCCUCUUGUCUGACAGUUUUAGACAACAAUUCAUUAAAUGCAUUUUGUAUUGACCAGAGUAUAGUUAAAGCUUGUCUUGAUGUUUAGUUCUGUCUCUCAAAUGCCUUGAACUUUGAUAUGAGGGGAAUGAAUGAUGUUAAACUGGUCCCUCAAGGCUUGGCUUUGUUCUCUCACAAGCCUUGAGGCUGUAUCACUGUUUAAUAUGUGGUAUAGAUUUAUUUUGAUGCAUUCCUGUGAUCUACACUAAGGCAUCUUUUUUUUUCAUCCAAGGAAGAGGUGAACACGUGCUGCCUGAAAUGGUCAGUGGCAGUGCUCAUAUCUCAGAACAAGCAGCCAUGGAGACAAGUAUAAUCAAUGAGUACUUGGUCCAAUUUCUGGGAAAAAAAAAAAGGAAAAAAGCCCCAUCAGCUGAAAGUAUUGGUGUUGACUUAACUUCACUGUGUCUUGUGCUUGUUUGUGUGGGCAUAGUCUGUUAAUUCAGUUUGUUUAGUAAAAAUGUUUAGGGCCGGAUUUCCAGCAGUCGUGUCUGCAGUCCUUGUUUGUGUGCACAUAGGGAUCAAAUGGAACUGGAGUUUGGUCUCUGGAAGAAUUUGCAGCUACACUUUGUGCACAGACUUGCAAAUCUGAUCCUUAAUUGUGAACUCUUUUUGUCUUGUGUGCUUUUCUUGCAGUUACUUUUUACUGGAAGUGAUUUGCUAGAAACGACCCUGACUCUUCUAUUUCUCUCUCGUGCUUCAGAAAUGCAGUUGGCCUGAAUAAAGGGCAAAAUAAUCUUAGCAGUAGAAAUUUGGACCUCUUUGCUUCCAGUUCUUUGACUCUCCUUGUUGCUCCCAAUGAUAGAAACAGCAUCUUUCUUCCAGUAAAAUGGCACAGGUUGUGAUGUGAUGGAAAUCAGAGGAGUGCCCCCCUGCCUGCCCCAGCCAAAACAAACGUGGUGGGAAACCUGUGGUUGAUUCUGAUCUCACCCUUCCAAACCCAAAGGCAAAUUCCGAGAAAUAUUGAGGAUACAGGAAAACACAGGUAAAUAAUACCUGGGCUGGCAAGGGACAGGGGGAUGUUACACAGAUCCUCGUUGUGGUUUCAACACUCAUGAGAACGGAGGGAAAAAAUUCACAGUAUCCAAACAGUGGUUCUGAAUUUGGGUCCUUCCUCCCCCUCUUUGGCUCUCAGAGUCACCAAAUAUUCUCAGUUGGAAGUUCCUCGGCGAGGGGCGGCUUGGAAAGGCAAAAGAACCUCAUCCCAAAACCUGCUUAGGAAUUAAACAUUCCUGAAAUCCUCUUACUGUAAGGUACUUGCUACUCUUAAAGGCCAACAAAGCAUUCAAGUCUCGUUGAGGAAAUGAGUGUUCUUGGAAGUUUCUCGCUGUAAAGUGUUCACGAUGCUGAGGCCAAUGAAACAUUCCCGACCACCUUUGAUGCCUGAAGUGGCAACAGAUCUCUUGUGAGGAGGUUUCUGCAUUCUGUAGUGUUUGUCUGCUGCUGUACAGAGUCUCUCAAUUGUUCCAGGAGGUUGGUGAGGUGCUUCAGGCAGCAUUUGAUGCUCCUAAUUUAUAUGGGCUGAAGUCAGAGAUUGAAUGGCUUUGAUUCUGCCAGUGUUGUUUAAACGUGAACUAGACAAAACCGUUCCAGAAAAGAUGAAGUAUUCUGUUACCAUAAAACUGUAUUAAGCAUGGCCUAAAUAUUAGGUGUUUGUUCUGUAUAGUAUGUUCCAUCAACUAUUUAUUCCUAGUGCUUCAAACUCCAAAUUAAACACCCAUUGAAAUGGAGUCAUUGGGCAGAUGUUCCUUUCAUCGAUACAGGCUGAGAGAUUCUAUAUCAGAGGUUUAGGAUACAGUUUUGCUAACAGGUAAAACAAUGUAAAUAUGUACGAAUUCUAUUUGUUGCACAUAACUUUUUUGGUAUAAAAAAAAAAAAAUAAUAAAUGUAGAAAUUACCUGUGGACGUCUUGCUGCAAUCAUUCUUAUGCUGCAUUCAUGCAGUCCAAACAUAAGAGCUUGAAUGAACCCAAUCAGAGGCCUUUUUGGACUCAGUCUGAGCCUUAGAAACUGUUUUCAACGUCAGUACUGUAAUUCUGUUUCUAGAAAUGUACUAAGUUGUGGGGUUUUUUUCAGAGACAUUGUGUGUGUUAGCAGUAGUUUAAAGCACUCGAUUCCCCACAGAUACCAGUUUAUAGAAUUCCUGCAGCUUCAUCACGUUGUGUGCACUGGGUGUGUAGAGGCUGAGCAGCAUUGACUUGAGGCUUUAAUUGUUUACAGUUCUUUAAGCAACGUAAAAAACAAACAAACAAAAAAAAACCCCUAACAUUCAGUGUGUGAUCUUUAUCACUUCCUGCUUUAUUGGUUUUGUGGGUCUGCUUGAACCCACUCCCACAAGAUCACAAAGGAUCUGGAAAAUGCUGUGUGUGUUCCUGGAUCUGGGGGGCUGAGGGUUGGGUAGGAGGGCUUGGGUUUAUGAUUGCACUGAGCUGGUCAGAACAAGCAGGAACUGAGGUCAAAUGUGUGCUUUUCAUACAUAUGGGCAUUAAACUCUGCAUCUGUUGUGUUGGUCUGAAUGAAGUUAAAAUUUCCUCUUCUGCAGCUGCCAGCCCCGUGUUACCACAGGGAUCUGAGCCCUGGUUUGUAAUGGGUGAACAGUGUCAGAUCCUUCUCUGUGUUUUGGUAUGUCCUGUCUGGUGAAACGGGGAAGAAAAUGAUUUUCUUCUUUAAAUAAUGAUGUCUGGAGAUGGAGAAGUUGAGAUGACUUUCAAACACUGGUAGUGGGCUUAAAUAUGGUAAUUGCUUCUACCAUGGUACGUUUGAACAAGUGUCUUUUUACUGUGCAUAGACUUUUAUAUUCUGGGGCUUUAGUUAUAUAGAAGAUCUAGACCUAACAUGGUGUGAGGAAUGUCGAUAGUGUGUUGUUUCUUUUCCCUUAAAAACUUCAUAAUUGUUUUGAAGUCUGCAGCAAACAUCUGUGCCCUCAUUCUGCGUGUGGCAGGGUGGAAGGUGGGGUUGAUUCCUAAUGUACCAGCUCUAAAGGAAAGAGAAUUUGGCCACCACAAAACAUAAGAGCAAAUAUUUUCUUGAUAUUGUCAGAUUUUGGUCACUUUCCUGAGCCACUAACACAGGAAAGCAUUAGAAAAGGGAGUCAUAGCAACAGUUUCACACAGAAUCUGUGAAUCAUUAAAACUACCUAAUUGUACCAACUUCCUAAAUUCACUGGGCAGCCUCCAGUUUUGUUGUGAUGCUGCUCUUGAGACAACCCUGGGAUGUUGCUGUAAGAUGUGUGCAGACCAAGUGUUCUGAGCUCCUCUGUGAGUGUUGCUGUGAUCUGUGCCAGUCUAGAGCCAGGCCUUUAGAGUCCCCUAAGACUGGUGUGCAGCCCGAAAGGGACGUUAUUACACCAUUGUGCUGUCUGAAGCAGCACGUUAAUUUACACAUGGCCCUACCCCAGACUACUUCAGGCCACUACCAGAAAGGUUUAGAACAAACUUGCCCUCUUAGACUGCUGUUGCUGUAGUCCACGGUGACAGUUUAAUAUGAAGGAAGCCCUUCCCUGCUGGAAGGUAAAACUGCAUCAAAUAGUGGCAGUUUUGGUACUGUGAGUAAAAUAAAUAGUUUUAUUAAACUUCAGUUGAUGUAGUACCUGCCUAUCUAACAUACUCCACCUUGCUGCUGUAGUAUGAAUUCCAUACUGUGUUGGGAGUAUGUUGGGUGUCCUCAUAGUGGUUCUGAAUGCUGUGAAUGCUCAGGAGUUCUCACACACACAUCCUGUCAGGCAGGAGAAGCUGCAUAAACUCUGCUCCUCUGUGGACAAUUUGCUGUGAUCUGAGUAGUGUAACUGUUAGGGGAGUAUAACUGGAAAACCUCAUUUGCAUUAGGGGGAUGUGAUGUUCAUGUAGAGUAACUUAGAUUUAUUUUUUUUUAAGUCUUCAGCAUUGAUUUGUGUCAUGUAAUAUUUGUGUUGGGGUUUUUUGCCAUAAACAGAUACCUCAGUCAGGAUCUCUAACUUCAGCUCCUUGAAACUCUGAAUAUUUGUUUUACUCUCUGGAAACAGGAAGCCUCCAGACAUGGCCAAGCAGAGGAAACCAGUGUUUCUGAUCUGCUUCACAUCAUAGUAACUCCUUCAGGUGGACUAGAAAUCGCAUUAGACUUGCAAGACUUGAGUCAGGCACAAAAGUUAUUUAAACAGAAAUUUAAUAACAAGUUCAGUGUAAUACCCUUUGAUUUCAUUUUAAAAAGAGGGCAUGUGAUGUUAUUACAGGAGGAAGACAGCUUGAUUCAUUUGCAAUCUUCCAGUAUCUUUCUCUAAGAACAAAUGCAGCUGCUUUGGGCUGUCGCUGGCGGGUAAAUAUUCCUUUCUUGUUCCCCAAAACACGUGUGGUCCCUGUAGAGAUUAUAAAAUAAAGCAAGGAUAUAUAACAUGCUCUUGUAUGCCCUACUUGAACUGUUACAGUGUAUGUACUAAAUCAGGUUAGGAGGAAGAGACCUAUGCACUUUCUUCUCCACACAGUCAAGGUACAACGGGGAACUUGGCUGAUGUAACUUGUGUCACCUUGGCACAAUUAAUUGAUGUCACAGAGCAAUACAGCUGCAAUUCAGUGUCUUUACAGCUGGUAAAUCGAUGGCACUUAAUUUGGGUGUGCCCAUUAACUUGAGCAGUAUUGUAUUUACAAUAGAUAUUCCUGCCACUGGUUCCACCUUGAAAUUUGAUGGUUGGAAAAUGUUGAUGACUAUUUGACUGUCCUGUCCUUUAGUGGUGUCUGUCCUUUUAGCCUAUUUUAGUUCUCAUAGGAAAGUAGAAAAGAGGAUUGCAGCACAGAGAGAGACUGGAACUGCAUCUGUGUAUGUGAACUUGUCUACAUUUUCUCCAUCCUCCUGUUUGAAGCUGAUACUAUUUUUCUGACCCUGCACUGCACUGACUGAGCUUUCUACUGCCUGUAUUGAUGCUCUCUGGAUUAUUCUUAGUGGUUUUCUCUGCCUGCAGUCAACACUGACUGUUCACCCCCUGAGCUCACUGCAGGUGGCACAAGCAGAAGUGGUUCCUUACCAGGUCCCCUGAGCUGUAAUUGUUUAAUUUCUCUGUGACUGCACUGUAGAUUAAGGAAUGCCCAGUACUUUGUGACUGCACUUCUCAUUUAUUAAUGGUGGAUGGAGUGUCACGAUAGACAGUUGUCUGCCAGUGUGGCAUCUGCUCCUCUGUUGCUAAACCUCUACCAAGUUAAUGAUGCAUUAUUUAGGGUGCUCUGUUGCUGAGGGCAGCUGUAGAUUAAAUAGGGAGUGAGACACAUCCUGAUAGCUGAAUGAGCUCUGAAUUGAGGGUGGCCAAGAAACAGGAGCAGUCUGGGUCUGCUCACAAGCUUCCCUUGCUCUGCCCUAGUGCACUAUCCUGUGUUCUGGGGAUCAUCUCUGCAGGAGCUCAUGCUGGAGAGAGGAUGCAUUAAGUACAGGCAGGACCUUCCCUCUUCCCUCUUGGCUCUGGUCGUGCUGGAUUUUGUCACAGGAACCAGCAGUGCUCUGUCUUGGUAAACAGAGGGCCCUUUGUUCUACCCUACAGCCCAAUAUUGUUUGUGUGGCAUAAACCAGGGAGGAUGGAGAGUUGUUUGGAGCACAAAUAGAAGCUUACCUUGAUUAGUCAUGAAAUCAGCAAAAUUCCAUAUGAGCUCCCCAAUCACAUACUCCUUCCUCUUCUUGUCAAAAACAGCGUGGUACUCCUUUAGCAUGGCCUUCUGGUACUCCUCACUGAACAUGAGGGGUGGAUCCUACAGCCAGGGAAAAGAGGUGGCCUUGAGUGCAGGUGACAGUUAAUCCCAGCAAAGGCACUUCCCAUUACUGGGGACCUGCUUCCUGAAGACAAACUGAGUGGUUGCUUGGUCUUUUCACUGCUGCUGUAUUAACAAUGGCUGUGGAGUGACAGCUGGCAACUACUGACAUUGCAAGGGGCCACACACAUAACCUACAAACAGAAUUCCAGGUAUUCCUAGGGAGAGGCCGUGGUGGUCUUUGUCAUGGCAGGGACAGCAGUGCCACCCCUUCUGUGUGUGACAGCACCACAACAUCACCAUCCAGUGUUGCAUCUUCCAAUUCAAGCAUUUUCCACAACUGCCAAAGUACAGAUUUCAGAGUGCUCAGUGCUCUCAGUCAAAGCUGAGAACUCCUCUUUAGGUAGACUCUAACCUCUGCUAGUGGCAAAGCUCAUUGAUUUUGGUGGAGCAGGAUUACAGUCCUGGAGUCUUCCAGGCACUGACAGCUGCUGCAUCUCAAAACAAAGGCAGGCUCAGGGCCCAUCUCUGCCAAUUAAAUUGUGCUGCCCUGUAAGAGCAGCAGAGCUGUUUCCACCUGGGACAUCUACAACACUUACACUGUGCAGUCCAGGAACCGAGUCUGCUCCGUAUUCACUCUGGAUAAUGGGCUUUUGGUAGGUUUUAUACCAGUUCUCAAACUGUGCUGUGAGUUGUAGUGGAAUCACUUCCAGAUGGCCUGGGUCGUGGUACCAGGAGAAGUAGCUAUUUACACAAAUCACAUCCACGUAGGGAGCCUACAAAGAAAACAAGGUGAGAGUGUUUUGUCACAGAGCUCAACGCAGACAACCUUCUCUCGUAAAGCUAAAUCCUCCUUUGGGAUCAUUUAAUGCAAUCCAGGUUUAUUACACGUAGAAUGAAGUCUUUUCCCCCAUUACUCAGGCCCUCCAAAUAUAUCUUUCCCAGGGGGAAAAAAAAAAAA